UGCUGGGGCAGCCGGCGUGGGCGGCGUCACUGAGCCGCGCCAGCUGAGCCAGGUGGAGCCUUACCGUCUUCUCUUGCUUUCUGCCUGUGACUAGCGCCGUUCCCCACCGCCGGUCGACCCCGCUUUCAUGUCCCUGGCGGACACAGCUCCCCGGAACCUCCACGCCCAUGGCCACUAGGCAGAGGGAGUCCUCUAUUACCUCUUGCUCUUCCGCCUCAAGCUGCGACGCGGACGACGAGGGCGUGCGCGGCACCUGCGAAGAUGCUUCCCUGUGCAAGAGGUUUGCAGUAAGCAUUGGCUACUGGCACGACCCUUACAUCCAGCACUUUGUGAGACUGUCUAAAGAGAGGAAAGCCCCCGAAAUCAACAGAGGAUAUUUUGCCCGAGUCCAUGGUGUCAGUCAGCUUAUAAAGGCGUUUCUACGGAAGACAGAAUGUCAUUGUCAAAUUAUCAACCUUGGGGCAGGCAUGGAUACCACCUUCUGGAGAUUAAAGGAUGAAGAUCUUCUCCCAAGUAAAUAUUUUGAGGUUGACUUUCCAAUGAUCGUCACAAGAAAGCUGCACAGUAUCAAAUGCAAGCCUCCCCUAUCCAGCCCCAUUCUAGAACUGCAUUCAGAGGACACACUUCAGAUGGAUGGACACAUACUGGAUUCAAAGAGAUACGCUGUUAUUGGAGCCGAUCUCCGAGACCUGUCCGAACUGGAAGAGAAACUAAAGAAAUGUAACAUGAAUACACAAUUGCCAACACUCCUGAUAGCUGAAUGUGUGCUGGUUUACAUGACUCCAGAGCAGUCCGCAAACCUCCUGAAGUGGGCAGCCAACAGUUUUGAGGCAGCCAUGUUCAUAAACUACGAACAGGUGAACAUGGGUGAUCGGUUUGGGCAGAUCAUGAUUGAAAACCUACGGAGACGCCAGUGUGACCUGGCGGGAGUGGAGACUUGCAAGUCAUUAGAGUCACAGAAAGAACGGCUCCUGUCGAAUGGGUGGGAAACAGCAUCGGCCGUCGACAUGAUGGAGUUGUACAACAGGUUACCUCGAGCUGAAGUGAGCAGGAUAGAAUCACUUGAAUUCCUGGAUGAAAUGGAGCUACUGGAGCAGCUCAUGCGGCAUUACUGCCUUUGCUGGGCAACCAAAGGAGGAAAUGAGCUCGGGCUGAAGGAGAUAACUUAUUAAUCUGUUGAAGGCUUAUGCCGAGCCAGAAGCGGAAGCCACUCGCCCUCCUGGAGGAUACCUGCGAGCUCCCUGAGCAGUGGGCGGGCCUCAUCUGCAGGUCUCAUCCCACACGCUGAGAAGCCUCGAUCACUACAGUGGUCGCCCAUGUUCCUCUUCCUGUUCCUGUUGACAUGUCGGUGUUUAAAUAAAUCUCACUUGCCACCAGUU